GAAUUAUUAAUAUGUAUGAUAAGAAGGAAUCUGUAAAGACAUAAAAUUUAACAAAAAAUUAUAAAAAGACAUAUCAAAAAAGAUUAUAUAUAGGAUUUAGGGAAUAUAUGUAAAGUAAAAACCGUCUUUUUAAUAACUUCAUUAGUAAAACCUAAUUUUGUGACGAUCACACAAAUUAAUUCAAAGUGAUAGUUGUUUUAGUAGACAGGGACAUUUAGUUUAAAAAAUGUUUUUGUCCACCUGUAUUGCAGCAUUAUGGCUCCUUAUUCCGCUCCUUAUGAUAAAGUACGCAGAGUGUAAGAACUUUACCUUCGCGAAAAAAUUGGAAAAUUAUGAUUACUUUAAGCCAGGCGACCAAUUUAAAUGCAAAACAAAUGAUCCAGCAAUAAUAACAUGGCAGAAAUGCUCAUUUGGAGGGUUUGUUUUUGGAUGUGGAGAUUUAUUAAAGGAUCCACAUCACUCACACUGUAAAAAUAUACUACUUGACGAUACUCUGUUCAAAAUUGAUGACUUUAAAGAAUCCAGUACUUCAAUACUGACACUAAGAAAGCCUCCAGAACUCCCUGAAGAAGCCUGUGUUCGUUGCAUUGCAAAGCAAGAAAGUACAAACCUUACAAUUAUACAAACUUCUCCAUUAGAAAUCGAAGAAAAGUGUGGAACACCGCUGAAAAGAUUUGCGAUAGGUUCUUAUCAAUGGUAUCCCUGUAGACGAACUGAUUAUAUUUUCCCAAGGGAUGCAAAAUCAAUAAAGAAGUUCAGAGAACAUUGUGAGGUAUCGUCAGUUCGAAACAUACGAAUUGAACAAAGGUUAGAUAGCUCUGGUAAAGUGGAUGUUACAGUGUUUUGGCAAGAACCUGAAUUCAGAAGAAGUGUCAAAACAUAUGGCUAUGAAAUCAAAGUCCAAACCGUUGAAAAUUAUUAUAAUUAUGAUGAAAAAUGGUGCUUGUUUACUAGGUAUAACAUAAAAAAGGAUGGCAUAUAUCACUCAAACCUCAAGAGUCGAUUUCAUCUCGAAAUGCGUCCAAAUACGCAAUACAUUGUUAAUGUUACAGCUUUUCCCAUUUCAACACCUGCAGAACACAAAUUUAAAAUCCGAACAAUGGAAGAAUUAUGUGAUGCAUACAUGAAAAAACAUGGAAGAAGAAUACACGCUUGUCAUAUAGUAACGAACAUAAAAGUUGGAAAAUGCACAGUAGACAAAUCCGUUACUAUUUCUUGGAACAGAAGCAAAGAUUCUGACCAAUAUCCAUACACAACUGUUCAUAAAUCACCAUACAAUAUGCGAAAGUUUUUGCCAAAGGACCAAACGACUUGGACAAUCACCAAUGUAACAAGAACCGUUUUUGCAUAUAUACAGAUCAACACCUCUUAUGAAAUUAAAAUUGAUAUCCAACCUUGCAAAGACAUACCAACCACAGUCCUACCAACAACUCAACCGAUAGCAGAGGCAGUAACAACAAACUCCAAAAUAAACAUUUUUAUUCCUAUGGUCAUUGUGCUGAUUGUCGUCUUCACGGUCUCUUUAUUUGUGUUAUUUUUAUAUUGUGGAUUAAAAAAGGCACGAAAAGGAAUAAAGCACGAAAUGGAAAGGCUUCGAUCAGUGGAUAGCGGAGAAUACUCCUUCGAAGAGCAAGGCGAGACUGUGAUGCUUGUCUAUCCACACGGAUGCCGAGAAGUAGAAAACAUUGUUUUAUUUCUGGCGGGUCAAUUACAUUCUUUUGGUAUUAAAGUGUUGGUUGAUAACUUGCAACCAGUCAGAGUUGCCAACUUAGGAUUGCCAUCUGUUUUGGUUCAAGAUUUUAAAGACGCAGACUACGUCGUGACAAUAUGCACAGAGAAAGAAACAACGAAACUACCAAGUCAUAGACCAUACACGUUUGUUUUGAACCAACUCAUUUCAUCUGAUUGCGUUUACCAGAAUGGCGAUCGAUACAUUGCAGUCUACUUCAGUAAAACAACAAACAUGGUACCACUGUACCUCAGAAACAAAUCAUAUUACUUACCAUCAGCUCUGCAAAAUUUCAUUCAAAACUUACUUGGAAUUGAGACGUAUUUCUCCUCUGUGUAUGGGAAGUUCUUCAAUGCACAAGCAAAUCAUUACAAGGAUAAUAGGAAGGAAUUGAAAAGUCUGGUUGAAGCACUCAAUAAGACGGACCAUAAUUUCUGCAAUUCUGAAAGCUGCAGUAAAGGCAAGGUAAUGGAGUCAAUAAAUGUGGAUUAUCCUACGAAUGAGCUGUUGCAGAAAGAAGUGGAAAAAUACAAAGUGCUCAAUGAAGAUAAUUGUAGCUUGAAAUUUUCUUCAGCAGAAUCUUUAGCCGAUCAAGAAAAAGAAGAUAGUAAGCUUCUACAGCAAGAGAAUACGAAUGAACAUUUUAAAGAAAGUGAUGAACACUGCGUACGAACGUGACCACGCCGUUUAUUGAAAAACUAUGAAUAAUAAAAUGGAUGAUGUAGUUCCAUAUUGUUGCAAGUUCUAUGAAUGUGAUAAUUGUGUUUGACCUUUUAAUAUACCUGUAGAUGUGAUGUAUAAAUGAUUGUGAAAUUUCAUGUGGUAUGAAAUAAAUUUUUUUUUCCUCA